UGGUUCUGUUCAGAACUUACAUAUCACAUCUGGCUCUGUUCAAAAUCUUUCUUUUUAAUAGAGCUACUGCUCUUUAACGCCUACAAAUAUUGCAAGAUUUUUAAAUUGCAAAAAUGUUUAUCCUUGAUUGGUUUGCUGGUGUUUUGAGCUUUUUAGGCCUGUGGAAAAAGAGUGGCAAAUUGUUAUUUUUGGGCUUGGACAAUGCUGGAAAAACAACUUUAUUACACAUGUUAAAAGAUGACAGAAUGGCACAGCAUGUUCCAACUCUACAUCCUACUUCAGAGGAAUUAGCAAUAGGAAAUAUGCGGUUUACAACAUUUGACUUAGGAGGUCAUCAUCAAGCAAGAAGAGUAUGGAAAGAUUAUUUUCCAGCUGUAGAUGCAAUUGUUUUCUUGAUUGAUGCAUAUGAUAGAGAAAGGUUUCCAGAAGCAAAAGUAGAACUUGAUAGUUUGUUAACAGAUGAACAGUUGUCUAGCUGUCCAGUAUUAAUCCUUGGCAAUAAAAUUGAUAGAGCAGGUGCUGCAAGUGAAGAUGAAAUUCGAGCAUAUUUUUGCUUGCAUGGACAAACUACAGGAAAGGGAAAAAUUUCAAGAUCUGAAAUUCCUGGACGUCCUCUAGAACUUUUCAUGUGCAGUGUUUUAAAAAGACAAGGCUACGGAGAAGGAUUUCGUUGGUUAGCUCAAUACAUCUAGUGCUACAAAUAGUUAAUUUAAAAAUCUCCUUCAAUUUUCAUCCAAUCAUCACAUGGAAUGCGGACUUUAAAAUGUUUGUUAUAUUUAUUGUUGAUUGUAAUUUUUGAAGUUGAUGCUUUUUUCUAUUAAAAAGAGAAAUAGAAAGUCUCUGGUGACAUGGCUUGUUUUGUAAUUGUUGUUUCACAAUUUGUGAAGUCACUGCCUGAAAACCAAGAUUUAGAACUCAAAAAUGGAUGAGUUUUUAAUGCUCGAAAUGAAAUUCGAAUAAAUUUGAGUAUCUAAUAUUUCAUUCAGUAUCUUUAAAAAACAGGAGUCUUCCUUUCAGAAUUAUGAAAUUUUUUGCACAAUCUUUUUUACUAAAGAGUUGGUUGUAUGGAUUCUAACUGGUCUUAGUAAUUAAAAAAAACUUACUGCCACAUAAAAACUAAAAUUUCCCAAAGAUUUAUAGUUCAAUCAAUUUAUAUAUAAGCAGCUAUGUUAAUUCUUUGUAAAGUAUUAUGUUUAUUUAUAUUUAUUUACAUUAAAAUUAUUUCAAAUUGCUUUAAAUGUACAGACUGAUUUUGGUGUUAUUUUAUCUUUUCAAUUGUUUUGAGAAAAUGUGACAAACGUAAAAUGUGAUGCAAAAAAAAAAAAAAAAAUAAUGUUUAGUACAACAACUUUAUUCUGAGCAUAAAUAAAUUAAAAUAUUUAUAUUUUUUCUUUUUUUUUCUAGAUAUAUUUUUUAUUUAUUUUUUUUAAUGCAUUUGUUUUCAAAGUUAACUGAUUUUAAAAUACUUCGAGAUUUUGAGUGAUAUUUUUACCCUUGCAAAGAAAAAAAUCUUCAUUGAAAUAGUUUAAAUUUUAGUUCAGUAUGUUUAAGUAUUUUAUUUGCUAAAAAUGCUUAAAAAAACUGAGUUCGAAAUUGAAAAAGUGACAUUUUCGAAGGAAGAUAGUUUAUCAUUACCAAACACGUUUGGAUUUGAGAAGCUAAUUUUCUUUUACUGAAUAACAAUCAUCAUACAGUUUGUAAAAUGUGUUAGUGACUGUAGAAAGUUAUGUUUUACUUUAAUAACAUUUCAGAAAUUAUUUUCAAGAAAUAUAGGGAUAUAAUUAUUCAAAACUAUCUGUUAAGAUGAUUUGAAUUCAGUAAUGUAAAAGUAGAAUGUAAAAACUGCAUUUUUAUGACUGCUUUCAAACAUAAUUGAAAAGUAAUAAACUAAUUUGUAUAUUUUCUGAAAAAAUACAAAAUUGCUCUUAAAAUUUUUCAAUUUUCAUCAACCUUUUUUUUCUCCCCUAUAAGUUGUGAAACACAUUUUGAAUUCAACAAAUUAAGAAAGAGUAUAAGCUGAACUGUAGUUUAUGCCAAAGUGUUUGCUAAAUAAUUGUAAUGCUUAUAGCGAUAUUGAAGUUUUGAAAGUAUGUCAUAGAUCAAAUUGAAGCUCAUUAAUUAAUGUACUAAGUAAAGCCUUCAAAUAAAAAGCAAUUAUUCCCUUACUGCUGAUAAAUUUCCCUUAGUUUUGUAAUUUAGUGUUUUAUAUACAAAUGAUGGAGUGUUUGAUUCAUAUAAUGUUUUUAUUAUUACUUAUGUUUGUAAGAAGUUUAUGAAAGAUUUACUUCAUGACUAAUCUGAGCCAUUUUUCAAUGUAAAAAAUCUCAAAAUGUGUUUAAAAUUUGUAAACAAAGGUACAUGCGCACAUUCAACAUGAAACAUUUCUCUAGAUUCAGUUCUUAUUUAUGUUAAUGAAUGCCAAGUUACUUUGUAAUACAUUUUUAUUUGGUUUGUUUAAAACUCUCCAGUUGCAGUAUACAAAAUGUUUUUUUUUUUUUUUUUUUGAAAAAUAUAUCAGCUUUUGCAACAUUCAAGUUACUUGGACAAGAUUACUCAUACAUUUGUGGGAGGAAAAAAAUCACAUUUCUCUGCCAAUAGAAUUGUAUUGCAGUGCAGUACUUUCGAAUAAAAUCAUUUGUACAAACA